UUAACAGUUUCAAUUUUCAUCUCAACAUAUAAAAGUUAAAUUUUUUUGAAGAAUUGUGUUGGUUUCAUUGAUUUUUUGAUAAAAUGGCUUCAUUCAGCCUUUAUUUUCUUUUAAUUACUUUUCUAUUUGCUGGAAUUGUUAUAAGUGCACCGGCUGAUCCCCCUAUAAGUGAUGACGAGAUAAGAAUGGCACAUCCAAUACUCAAAGAGGUGGACAAUUCCUCAUCAGAAGAAAGCAGUUUAAUUGACGAUAUUAUAAAAGUACCAAAAUUAGUUGGGAAAAAUAUUGCCAUACAUGGACGAAAAAUAGCAAAUGCAACAAUUGAUUUUGCUGGCAAUGCAAUGGAUGGAAUCAGUGAAGGCGCAAAAAAAUUUGCGGAUAAAUCCUAUGGCAUUGUACAAGAUAUUGCACAAAGGGCAACAGAAUUUGGCAGUAAAGCUGUAGAAUUUACAAUGAAACCAAUCAAAGCAAUUGGUGAUAAAUUUAACAAACAGCCACAAUUUAAAUGGGAUUCAGAAGAGGAUGUUAAUGCAGUAACUGACAUUGAAGAAUUUCCUUAUAUUGUCUCACUUCACACCGAAAGAUCAUUGUCUUCUAAAUUUUGUGCUGGUACAAUUAUUGCACCAAAAUAUGUUUUAACAGCAGCUCACUGCUUUGAUUCAAUUAAUCUUGAAAAUUUACAUGUUGGUGUUGGAAAAUUGGGAAAUCACCAGGUCACCAAAGUGGCUAAUAUUUAUCAACAUCCAUGCUAUGACAAGAAGAAAAUGACGAAUGAUAUUGCAUUAUUAGAAUUGCAAAAUAAAAUUCAUAUUUACGAUAAUGUUAUUGAUCAAUUAGAAUUGGAACAAAAUACAGAAACAUUUGAAAACUUAAAAGCAAUCCAAUAUGGACCCGAUAUGGCCAAUAAAUUUAAUAUACUAUAUAGCAAUGUCACUGAAAUCGAACCAGACGUCUGUGCCAAGUCUUUUGAAAUAACAACGGCACAAAUCUGUGUUGGUAAAACUGACAAUACCGGAGUAUGUACUGUUGAAUCUGGUGCUCCAUUAAUACAAAAACUUCCCACAGAAAAGGGAGAACGUCAAGUUUUCACUGGAAUUGCAUCAUACACUGGCAGCGACUGUCAUAAGGAUCCAAGUGUAUUCACACGUGUAGCUCCAUAUCAAUUUUGGAUUGUUACUGUUGUAACCAAACAUAAGAAUACUGUGGCUGAUAGCUGUUAGGUAUAGAAGAUUGGAAGAUGUACUAUUCGAAAACAACGAAAAAUGUGAUUCUGAAUUUUAUAAUUAAAUUUUCAAUCAAUUAAUUUGUAAAAUUUACAUUUAAAACGAAAUAAAC